AUGAUAUCACAAGGAGAAAUGAAGAACCGUACAAGACAGAUAGAGUUUAUCCUUCUUGGACUGACAGACAAUCCUCAGUUACAGAUUGUGAUUUUUGUGUCUCUUUUACUAAAUUACUUGCUGAGUAUGCUAGGGAACUUAUCUAUCAUUGCCCUCACUCUGCUAGAUCCCCUUCUCAAGACACCAAUGUAUUUUUUCCUCCGUAAUUUCUCUUUCUUGGAAAUUUUAUUCACAACAACAUGCAUUCCCAGAUUUUUAAUCACCAUUGUAACCCAGGAAAAGACAAUUUCCUAUAAUGGCUGUAUUUGUCAAUUAUUCUUUUACAUACUCUUGGGAGGCACAGAGUUUUUCCUCUUGGCUACCAUGUCCUAUGACCGUUAUAUUGCCAUUUGCAAGCCCUUGCACUAUGCAUCUAUCAUGAGCAGUAAAGUUUGUCAUCAGCUUGUCCUGGGUUCUUGGGUAACUGGAUUCCUGGUUAUUUUCCCACCACUGAUUAUUGGCCUUGAUUUGGAUUUCUGUGCUUCAAAUGUCAUUGACCAUUUCCUUUGUGAUGUUUCUCCUGUCCUACAACUGUCUUGCUCAGACACAAAUUUACUAGAAAUGUUGGCUUUCAUCUUAGCUCUCAUGACACUCAUUGUGACGUUAGUAAUAGUCAUCCUUUCUUAUGCUCACAUUAUCAAGACAAUUACAAAAUUCCCUUCAGCUCAGCAAAAGAAAAAGGCCUUUUCCACUUGUUCUUCUCACAUGAUUGUUGUUUCCCUCACUUAUGGGAGUUGCAUAUUUAUCUACAUAAAGCCUUCAGCAAAUGAAAGAGUGUCUUUGAGCAAAGGAAUAGCUGUGCUCAACACUUCAGUUGCCCCUUUGUUGAACCCGUUCAUUUAUACACUGAGGAAUAAGCAAGUUAAACAAGCAUUUGGAGCAGUAUUUAGAAAAGUAUUUUCUGCUUCAUAA